AUCAUGAUUUACAUAUAAUUUUGUUUAAAAUUAGUCACAGAAUCUGUAGCGCAGUGGCAUUAAAAGUUUUGUUGACUCACUACUAUACUAGUCUUUUGUGCGAUAGCUGAGAGAAAGAAACUUUCAAUUUUUAUAGAAAAAAUAAUAUAAAUAAUGCCGUAAUUAUUAUAAAAUUAAAAUAUCAAUUGCUUUUUGAAACUAGAACUGCAACAAAUGAUGUAACUUGUGUAGCAUAUUAUUAUAAUUAUGAUGUGAUAGAUCUUUAAAACAAUUUUAUAUUUUAUGAAUUUAAGUUCUUUAUAGUUCAUCUGUUCUAUCACUACAGUUAAAAGUUCAAAUUUUGAAUAAACUGAUAAAAUAUUUAAUAAACUAUUUUGAGUGUUGAACUACAACACUUAUGAAGAUGCUGAUAAAUCGUUUAAUCGUUUUUCUUCUUCAACUUUUUUUGCUGACUGAAUUGGUAGUAAAAUGUAGUGAAACUAAUGCGGCUCUUUGUUCAAUAACGUACGCCGAAACCCUAUUCAAAGAAUUAUUUGGUGGUUUAACAUCUCCUCCAUCUAACAGUCCAGAAGUUCGAGAAAAAUUCAACAAGGCUAAAGGCAAAUUUCGAGGAAUUUUUCCAGGAACACUUUGGUGCGGAGCAGGAGAUGUUGCAACAAACGAAGAGGAAUUAGGAUAUUUUAGAGAAACUGACUAUUGUUGCAGAAAUCAUGAUAAUUGUCAAAACAAAAUUUAUCCUGGACACACAAAUUAUGGUCUCAGUAAUGUUGGUCUUUUUGUAAGAUCACAUUGCACUUGUGACGAAGAGUUUCACGAAUGUUUAAAAAAAGCUCGUUCUCCAAUUUCACUGAGUAUUGGAAAAACUUAUUUCAACAUUCUGAGGCCACAAUGUUUCAAAGAAGAUUAUCCAGCUAUUUGCAAACUGAACGAACUAUCACUCUAUGGAAUAAGAUGCUUAGAAUAUGAAGAAGAUAAAACCAAAGAUCGUGAAUGGCAGUGGAGAGAUGCGAAAAUUUAUCCGGCUAGGAAGAAAAAUCCUCUGGAAAAUUGGCCCGAUUAUUCGGAAUUUCCUUAGGGAGAAAAAUUAAAAAUUCACUUUUUUGUAUUAAAAAAACUAAGUUAUAAAAACAACAUUAAUAAUCUUAUAAUGUUACCAAAAAAAAAAAAAAAAAAAAAAAUUGAUUUGAUUCAAAUAAUUACUUGUCUAUAAUUAAAAAAAUAUUUAAUUGAAUCAAAUAAUUUUUAUUUAUACCUAGAUGAGAUUACAAUUUUUUAAAAGCUAUUUUUUUC